AUGAAUGGAACCAAAGACUAUGAUAAAAAAUAUCAGGAAACUUUCCGUUAUACAUUUGCUACGCUUAAGAUUCCUGAAAGUUAUAUAAUUGAAGUACCUGUCGAUAUACCUUUUGAAGGCAGUGUAAAUGAACUAAGUCAUAGAAUUAUAAACGGAUUUAACUUGCCAUUAUAUGUCAUAGAAGAACUUUCUAGUGAAUUACAAAAAUUCAUAGACAAAAGUUCAAUUGAAGUUUACAACCGUCAAACAGUUGAAGCAAUAGACUGUAUUAAAAAUGAAACUAUAGAAGUAGAAGACAUUGUUAAAUACUGGGAAAAAGCAUUUAAAGAGGAAACCUUCUCAUUUACUGAUAAUAAAGGACCAAGUAAUGAUCAGUUGUUUGCUUCUGCUUUUCACAAGUUGGCUCAUUCAGGACCUUCUUUAGAUGCAAUACUACACAUAGAGUAUGGCUAUGCUCAAGCAGUUCAAGAUAUUAUGUGUAGAAAAUCUAGACAAGUUAAAUCUUUAACAAAAACUCAAACUGAAGAAAUGAAUUAUGCUAUGGAUGGAUUAAAUAAUUAUAGUACAGAAGAAGAUAUCAAUGCUUUAGCACUAAAGCAUUUUGAUGAUCAAACAUUAAUUCAAGGUAAAUGGAAUAGUAGAUUGGAUACUUUAAAACAAGAACAGCGAACCGGGUAUAGAGAAUGGGUUAUGAAAUCUGUAGAAGAAAUGCAAGGAGUUGAUGGAUUAUAUUCUCCUAUUGGGAAUUCACCAGUUGGAGUUGUUGCAAAUGGAUUUACUAUUUCAAAUAUGUCAUUAUAUGAUAUGGAAGAAAGCUUUACUAUACAUCUUGGGUCACAAAUGAAAUCCACCCAUAAUAUUCGUAUUAUGUCAGCAGAUACUUUAAAUCUGUUAAGAUUGACAUUACAUGAAAACGGAACAGUUGUGCAUCAUCCUCAAAGAUUACAAACAGUACUUGAAUUGUAUUCUCAAGAUCUUAAAGGUCUUAUUUUAUUCAUUGAUACCAAUAAUUUAGAUUUUUACUCUGGACUAGCAAAGGAGUUUUUUGAUAUUUGUGAAGGUAGCACAGAAUUCCAUUUUAAUUCUUUACAAGAUCAAUUAGAGAUUAUUAAGUCAGAUCUCAAAGUAGCUGUGGAAAAUCGUAAAUACAAGGGACCUGUUAGUAAUUUCUUAUCUCCAGAGUUGCAGGCUCGGCGAAAUAAAUCAAAACUAUUACAAUGUGGUGAUGUUUAUAUUACAAAACAUUCAAAUUUAGCUUCUGUUCACCUUGUAUUUCAUAUGGUUAUUGAUGACUCAUUAAAAUCAGGUGAUAUCAACUCAAGACAUCCUGUAAUCUUGGGAUUACGGAAUAUUUUAAAAACGGCUUGUUCAUAUGAUAUUACUAUGAUAACUAUUCCAUUAUUUUUAACACAUGAAAUGACUGAAGAUAUGACAGUUCCUUGGUGUCAGAAACGGGCAGAAUUAGUUUUAAAGUGUGUGAAAGGAUUCAUGAUAGAGUCCGUAUCAUUAGGUGGAUCGGAGUUGAAGACUAUUCAGUUUUUAGUUCCAAAAGGAAUAUCUGAAGAAGUAUUUGGAAUAUUAGCCACAAUGGUUCCUACCAUAUUUAGAGUAUCAACUCCACUUGUGUUCAAAUCAUCAGAAACAGAAAUUAAUUCCCAAAUUAAGAACAAAAAAAAUACAAAAAAUAAAAGAAACUCUUCAUCCAAGUAACUUAUCCUCUAAAAAUUGAUCAAAUUAUAAAAUACUAAUAUGUUAAUAAUACUAUUUCUAUAUGUCUAUGUGUCGAAUACAACUAUAUCAUUGGGAAUAUAUUAUUAAAAUUAAAAUUAUCAUGUUUUAUAGCAAUCUUAUA